UUGGGCAACCACGGCCUUUCUCAGCACCUCCCCGUUCUUGCCUACCAGUUCCAACAACUUUCAUGAUCCAAUCCUAGCUGGUAGCUGCACCUUCCGUGUGGUAAGGCACCCCGCGAGGCGGUUUUGUCAACCACCAAAAGAAGCGAAGCUCCUUCUGUCAACAAAGGAAUCUCUUCCUGUCAACAACCGAAACCAUCAGCUUUUCCUUGCUGCCAUUUACUCGCGACUUCAUUUCCACUAUUCACUUUCUGAUUCAUUGAUUCCUUUACUCUGUCAGCAAUCAUUGGUCAUCACACAUUGGCCCCAGCAAACUCGCGGUCCUUCAACAGUAUCAUGGCCCCAAUCUACACCACGCGUCUCGACAAUUCUCGAAAAGACAUUCGCUUACUCGAGCUUCUACCCGCCAACAGUCUUCAGGACCCCAUCCAAUGCAGACUGAACACAACUCAGCUGUCAAUAGAAACAGAGUACAUUGCCUUAUCGUACGUCUGGGGAGAUCCAACAGCCACCUCUCCCAUUACUGUCAACGGGUUGCCCUUCCAGGCGACUUACAACCUUUGUGCUGCUCUAAGACGCAUACGAUCUAAAUCCAACCUACCAACAACACUUUGGGUAGAUGCAAUAUGCAUCAACCAGUCCGACAACGACGAGAAGUCUGCUCAGGUCCCGCUGAUGAGAGACAUCUAUCACAAUGCCUCGCUUGUCACAAUUUGGCUGGGGGAAAGCGACAAGUUCACCGAUGAGGCAAUGGUUCUCGCUAGGCUUACUGCCUAUCUCCUAAAAUGUCCUGGAGCAAAGGGGAAAAGGCGAUAUCCUGCCGAUUAUAUUUUGAGUGUCGUUACCUCUGCUGUGUUCAAGAGCGACUUGCGAUUACUCGCACUUCGCAAAUUCUUCUCUCGACCCUGGUGGAGUCGUGUCUGGGUUGUUCGGGAAGUUAUCGUCUCCCGGCGUGCACACAUUAUAUGCGGAACGAAAGAGAUCCCCUGGAACGAUAUACGACUAGCCUUAAGAUGCUGGAUGGCCCUUCUGUCCUGGCCUGGUGGCUCUAAAGUUGUCAAAGAGAGGAAAGAAGAAUUUGAAUACAUGGUCUACACAACAAAAGUAGGGCUAUUUAUGAACUUAUCCUAUCAACGCGACCAGGUGGAUGAUCAUGUUGUUGAGAACAGGAUAGGAAGCUUUCCAGGGCUCCAUAAUCGCAAUGAUGAGAUUACUGGAUUGGAAGGAACAAUUCUUGCAGGCCAUCAAUUUGAGUCAACCGAUCCAAGAGACAAAAUCUAUGCCUGGCUCGGUAUCUAUGAAAGAGAUGGCUUGACCAUAGUACCGGAUUACAACGCAAGCACAGCACAAGUCUAUGUCAGUGCGGUGAAAGCAAUCACCGAGUUAACAGGGUCUUUGUCGUUGGUUGCGCUUACUGGUGGGCUGGAUCAUUCCCAAGAUCCUCUUCCAGGUCUUCCAUCUUGGGCUCCGGACUUCAGGCAUGGUAACCAAAGGAAGUCUUCCUGGGGAGCUCUCAUGUGUUAUAACGCUUCAGCUUCAGAGAUGGCAAGAGCAGCCUUUUCGCCCGACGGCAAGGUACUUAGGGCGGAUACACUUCUGGUUGAUCACAUACAGCUUAUUGAUGCCGACCAGGGCGAGAAUGGUGGGUGGAAAGAGGGUUUAAAGCUAUGCCGGUGAAUGUAUCUUGUAUUGCAACACCGAGCACAUUCACCUAUUUCAGCUGCGAUGGGUGCGAAGUGGCUUUCCGGUGAAUUUUUUACUGCUCUUGUUUGGCCUGCUCGAUUACCAUCUCUACAACCGGAUGAUGAUC